UGUUACUGUAGACGCUUUCAGUUUCCACAUGCGUUUUAUUCACAAAUCUCAGGGGUUGAGUCUGACCGGGAGGAUCUCAUGCGUCGCUUUGAAUCACCUCGUGUGUCACUUUUGAACAACUUGUUGCGCAGCUGCUAUUUCCAGCCUCCUCCUCUGUGGUCCAGUACUCCAUGAGCGGGAGCUGCCGCGGUGAGCUACGUCGGUGAUAUUCUCUGUGGAAUAAGACAGAUGAAAAAAGCGGUGCCACAUGGAGACCAAGCUUGAAUCAUUGCACCUAUCUGAUUGGGUUUUCAUGAAGUCCUGCUGCCUCCGAGUGUCUCUGAUAUGAUCCAAGAGACAGGGGAUGCGAGUCAUGAGCCGGACGCGUCCUUACCCUGGACUAGACUGGAGCCAGAGUCUCUUUUACCUCACUUUGCUUCUGUGGACCAGGCGCAUGAGUGGACUGGCUGAUUUUUCAAGUAAGAUGAUGAUGGUGAUGGUGGUGAGGCAGCUGGAAACAGAGGAUAUAAUCAAAUCGUUUUAGGUCCUCAUGUGUAGAUUGAGGCUACAUUCUUAUAAGUAGUUUAUUAAUAGCUUCAUUGAAACAUAUGUUGACAUAUCAUGACUGGUGUGGUAGAUAAGGCGGGUCUUGUCUCUUUUACAGUGCCAGUGUUCCUAAAAUAAUAGCCAUCUGUCCUUAAGUCUUAAUGCUGUGUGGGGCUAUGGGUAAAGCAGGAGUUGUUUUGAUAUCAAUACAGUAUUUAGAAUCUGUAUUAACCUGCAAUAGUAGGGGAGAGUGGGGUAAGUUGAGCCAAAGGGUAAGUUGAGCCAGCCCCUGUUGCUUGGAAACGGUAAAAGAAAUUAAUCAUGUGACCGAAUAUUUAGGAGAUGGGCAUCAAUUCAUGGAUUUUGUGAAGGUUGGAAGCACAUGGGUAAUAGUGAUGGGCACGGCGGUUCUUUUAGAUGUACUGAAUCACUAGAAUCAGCUCACUACAAGGAUUCGUUCAAAAGAUUUGUUCACCAAAUCACCAAAUCAUUUAGUGUUUGACUGUGUUGCUUUGGCAAACAGGUUUGUAACAAUGAAUGUUUGUGAGUCAUGAUGUUUUAAGUGUACUGUCCUAUGGUAUGCUAUUUAUAAGGUCUGGGCUCAAUGAGUGAUUCGUUCACUGAACGUUUAGAAGAAUUUAAAAAUGAACAUGCACCGUUCCGUCGCAAACCGCUGCAAUGAUAGGAUGCUGCGGGUUUAAUGCACUACUUGUUACAUGCUGUGUCCUGUUGUAUGCAAGUUGUUGUGGUGGCAAUUUAGCAGAAAAAAAAAAAAGUUAGUUUUGUCAGACAAAAAUGAUUCCAGAGAGUGUAGUUCAAUGCGUGAUUCGUUCACUAAGUGAUUCAGUUUGCCGGCUAUUCGACUGGCAAUGCUGUUUCUUACUAUAGAUCAACUGAAGUGAGAAACAAAUGAAUCACUCGGGGAAGGGAUUCGGUUCAGUGCGUUCACUUCAAAGAUUCAGUUCUUUUGAACGAAUCGUUUGUGAACGACAAAGCACUAGUGGGUGAAGAGGUUAGACAUUUAUUUCCGAAAAUACAAAUUUUUACUCUUGAUAGUGAAUUUAGUCUGUUAGCCAGACUAAAUGUCUGUCAUUUAGUCUGACUCAACUAACCCUACUCCUAUGGUCAACUUACCCCAGACAUGGGGUAAGUUGACCAUAGGGGACCACUUUUUUUGGCAUGCUAUAUUAUCAAGACAGUUAUGUUUACACUCAUUCUGUUGGUUUGCAGGGAUGCACAACAUCUUGAAAUAUAUGCAGAUAGACUUGUUAGAGACAAAACUAUGACUGCCUUGAUGUAGUGAUCCGAAAUAUGAAAAAUGGCUCAUUUUACCCCACUCUCCCCUACCCAAAAUGCAGCAUUGGCAAGUUUGGCAAUCAUUUGUCAACUGGUAAAAAGAAAUAGUGAGGUACUAACAGGGAGCAGUUUGUUAAUUGGAGCCAACAAAUCAGUGUACUUUCAGAAAAAAAGACCAUGUAGACAGCAACUUGGUACCGGGCCGAUCUCAGGUUUAGUUUUUAACUUAGUAGUGGUUGGAUCUUACUCACGAAACCACCCUAUUCUGAGUUUAAGGUCAGUCAUUAGCUGAAGCAAAAGGUUUGCUUAUAAUUCUCCAAACUCUCCAUGCAAAUUGGUAAAUGGACUUGUUUCCACCCAGCACUUUUCCAGUCCUCUGACCACUCAAAGUGCAUUAUCAUUGCAUGCCAAAUUCGCCCAUCAACACCAGGUUCACAAACUCAUGGCAGAGGAUGCUUCUGAAGAGGCCCUCCAGUGUUAACCAGUUUCAUUCGCACAGUCACACACCACUGACUAGCUAUUUAAGUUGUAGUGCCUUGUUCAAUGGCACUUUGGCAUGUGACUGUGGGAGCUGGGAUCAAUCCACCAAACUUCCAACUGAGAGAUGCCUGACCCCACCACUGAGCCACAGCCAACCACUCCAUUUAGUUUAUUUCAAUCACCUGUAAAUUGUCUUUAAUACGAACAAUGCAAAGAUGUUAAGACAAAAGACUUGGACUGAGAAGUAACUUGAUAACAUGAAUGCAGCCAUGUAACAGAAGUAGACCCUGUAAGGUUAAUACUAGUUGGCAGAGUUUGCCACCCAAGAAAGAGGUCUGGCAGUCGACACUUUGAUGGGAAAGUUUUCAAAGCAACAUGAGACGAGAGUCCAAAAGAAGCCAAACAAACUUAAUCUGAAAUCACAGAAACAAAAAAAGAAAAAAAAUUUAAACAAAAAUCAGCGACAUUGCUCCUUAAAGUGCUCUCUUGUCGUCCCCGUGGUUGUACAUGGUAUUAAUGUUGAUUUAAAGGGGAACUCCAGCAGUAUUGUUCUGCACUUACAUAAAGGGCCAACACUGGAGCCCAGAGUUUCCAUAACACAGCUUUAAAGCAUCUAACACUGCCUGUUCAACACAGAAAACUUCUCUUGACAAGGUGAAAAAUGAGCAGAAUGCCCCUUUAAUCCCCCUGUAUGUUUUUAUGGUUUUAAAGUCCAACCAUUGUCUUAUAACCCAACAGACUACCUGUCUAGAAUCAUCACCAGCCACUCUGCUCAGGCGUGUGACGGACAGCCUCUGCGACUUCACUGUCCUCGCCACUCCACCAUCUCCAUCCAGUCUGCGUUUUAUGGAAGGGGUGAGGCGCGGCUGUGCAGGACAGACCCUCCACACAGAACCCACAACUACAGCUGCUCUGCUUUUACUGCUCUACAGGUUCAUUUUACUGUGUGAUAUACAACAUGUUUCACUCUCACUUGGCCUGUUGAGUGUUGGGUGGGGUUCACCAGGUUUAGCAGAUUUUUUUGAGAAAUGUUCACAAGUGAGGGUUUUGGUCGUCCGAUAAUCCCAACAGCUGUUUAGCCAGUUUAUACUUGGUUCAUUUUGCAACUUAUUGAUUUGGUUUGUUGUGAAUGUCCCUGGUCUAUGCUGUGCAGAAGCUGCUGUCAGAGUGUCAGAGUCACAGAGAUUGUCAGCUGCCUGUCAACCACCUGCUGUUUGGGAAGGACCCCUGCCCUGGUAUGACCAAAUACCUCCAUGUGGACUAUAAGUGUAAACCAAGUGAGUUCAGCAGCUCAUCGUCAUCAUCAUCAUUUCCUCACACUCCUGAAUACUUUUCUUUUAAAUGUAAUUGUGUAACAACAAAAUGCCUCACAGAAAUCUCCCCCCCUUCCUGCCUAAUCCAAACGUCUGAGCUCCUUUUACAUCAUCGCCACACUGACUGUUUUUCCUCUCACUCAGCUGAACACAAAAGAAAAGUGGUGUGUGAGGGGGAGACCCUGGUCCUUCGCUGUAAGCCCCCCAAGGCUCUUGUCAUCUAUGCAGCUGUCUAUGGGAGAAGUUUGGGUCAGAGCGACACCUGCCCUUCACAUCUGACAAGACCACCCCCGUUUGGUGAGUCAGUGGUAUAUUCUGUGUUUUCAGGUGCUGACAAACGGAUGUGUUCCUUCAUGGUGUAAGGGAAAAAGAAAAGUUGUAAUUUUAGCUUGGCUAAUAAAGGUUCCAAUAUUGUUAUAGUUCAAACAUCAUAAACAAUCAUUUAGAGACUGUAGUCUAACUUAAGAAAACCAUGUUAAGUUUAAGCAUCUGCAUUUUAAAGCUCCUGUGAGGAACUUAAGAUUGUGUUGAUUUUGACACACCCUAACAAAGGAAGCAUGAUACACACGUAUAAAAAUCCUGUUUUUGGAUACAGAUAUGUCCCCCUGCUUUAUUUAAAAUGUCAAAUGUAUCACUUAUAUACAGUGGCCGAGAACCGGCUGCAAAUAAAAAAAGAAACAGUACAGAUUAAAAAAAAGCCACAAUGGAAGUUAAUGACACAAAAAAGUGGCAAUGCAAAAAAAAAAAAAAAAAAAAAAGUUACUUUCUGCCAAAAUAAAAGGAUGCAAAAAAAAAGAAAAAAAAAAAGCCACAAGAGAAGUGAGCUGCCGGGGACCAGUCAUGAUGAUGCACCAGUGCUUUAUUUAGUUUAUAAAGAAGCAUCAGUAUCAUAUUCGGUCUGUUAGAGUCAAACCAACAAAUUAAUCACAGGAGCUUUAACUCGGAUAAUUACUACAAUGAUGAAGUUUAUCUUCUUUAACAUUGUAGGUUUUAAAAAAUCUAAGCAUGUAAACCACUCAAAAAGUAGUUACACAUGGCUGAAUAGCUUAGUUUUAAAGCAACUAAUAUUUAGAUUAACUCAGUGGUCAGUAAACAGGGUAAAUGCACAUUGCUUACAUUGUGUUUUAUGGUGGACUUAUUUGUUCAGAUUUAUUAAAGCUCCUGUGAGGAGUUUUCUGGCAUUUAUGAAAUUGACCGAAAUUAUAACUUUUUUUUUGUGACAUUGAAGUGCAAAAAAGGACCAUCAGUGUGUUUACUGAUGAUUUUCAUAUCAUAGUUUUUCCUUCUUAAAACCAGUGAGAGGUGGUAGGUGCCAUCAAAAUUUUACAAUUUCUAUGUGAAGGAUUCACAAUAAAUGACAUAUUUGACUGUCAAAGGUCAACCAGAUAUGAUUUUUUUUUUCAGGAGGCUGUCAAAAUAUGCUGAGGACAACAUGAGCAAAGACUGCUUUGAACCAUUUUCGUAUAUGAUAGACUGAUAACAAUAUUUUUACCAUCACAUGUAAGCCCCUCUCUACUUCUGGGCAAAUGUUGCCUGAAUAAAAAAAAAGAUGCAAGCAGAGAUGUACAUUAGGCUAUUUCUAAUGAAUGUACUCUGGUAUCUUCAACAUGACAAAGCACAGGUGUAGCUUAUUACAUAAUUAAUUGCUACAUUCUAUUCGAGUCAGCCCCUGCCAUCGUUAAAAUUACUGAAAACACCUGUUAUUUUCCUGGUAUGACUGCUAUGUCUGCUGCAAAAAAGGCCCAUUCAGAUAAUCUGGUACAAAAGCAAGAAUCUGCUGUAAUUUGUCAGGAAGUAUUUCCAGAUUUUUUUUUAAAUAAUGACACAUUCAGGACAAGGUCCCUUAGACUGCAAGUAUGUUUAGAUAGCUGUUGUUUGGUAGGCUGCCAGAGUUGUGUAGUUAAUCUACAACCAUCAAAACACUGCAACUAUUCAGUGAUCUCAGUCCCACAGCUGAGUGAGUAUUCCACACACACACUCACUCACACACUCAAUCACUAACUCUUUGCUCAUCCCCACAGAGUGCCUGAACCACGAGGCUGUACAUUUGGUGUCCAAGUCCUGCUACAGCAAACAGAAGUGUGCCGUUGCUGUCAGCAACCAAACCUUUAGGGACCCCUGCUUUCCAGGAACCAGGAAGUACCUCAGUGUGGUCUAUUCUUGUGGUACGACUCUUUCUGCUUCCUCGUUCACAAGAUAAAUCAGAGAGAGGUUCCCAAAAUAAGAACAGGCUGACAUGACAGCAGACAGCUUCAAAAACAUGCCUGUUUUUGUUUUUGUUUAGUGUUUCAUUAAUUAUGCAAUAUUUCUCUCAGGGAACAUUUAGUUUUCUACAAUGUGUUUUUAUCUGCUAAUCUCAGCCAUCAGUUGCUCAAAUCAAAUCACACCCAACAGCGCAGUGGCUGGGGAAUAACAGACCAUGAGAUCAGAUUUGUGAUUUAUGGUUCACAUCCUGGUUAACUUCCUAUGAUUGGCACAAAUGCCAGUGAGGUCAUUCAGCAACAUUGUUCAUGUAUCAAAGUUUGGAGAUCUGACCUCAGGCUGGUGUUGAUAGGAUUCUUCUGACUGAAUCUGUUGGCUUCAUUUAGCACAAAACAGUCUGUGUUAGCCCUGUACACCCGUAACAAUCAACACAAUUGGACACAAAUUAUUCAUACUUUGAGAAUGUCAUCCAUUGUGGGCUCAGGUUGGCAGAGGUUUGGAUAUGGGAAGUGGCAUGCUGGUGAUUUAUUUAAUGUCGAUUUAGUCAUACAUACUAACUCACCAAGUGUUAGGGCCUGUGUCCACUAACAGUGUUCCUGUAUUUACACUGCGCAAAACCUCAAUUUCCUUAAUUUUUUUCAUCUGUCCGGGUUUUGUUUUACAACCUGGGUUCCUGGUGACACAUUUAUGCUAUUUAACUUUUUCAAAUCGGUCUGAUUUGAGCAUAAUGCUAGGAAUUGGUGCAUUUGUAAAAGGGGCUUUACCCUCUGCAUCAGCAUUUUUACUUUCAGGAGCGUACUUGGAGUACGCUCCUGAAAGUUUGGAUUAGCCUGACACCACAUAAAUGCUCAUUUUUCCACAGAAGUAAAAUGACAAUCCACUCUAUCUGUCCUCCAAUAGUGCCACAGACUUUACUGAGGGAGGCAGACCCUUACAUUUUCAGAUCCACCACAUCUCCUACUGAGGGCACUGUAAAAGGUACCACACUAUCUUUUCCUCUGGUCUUUCACUGUAGAAAUUUAUAGAAAAUAAAAAUAAUUAUUCUGUUUCAUAAGCCCCUCCUGCAGAUUUAGGAGAGCCUUUUGCCAAAGGUUCAAGAAGACCAGAAAAUUCAGGAGCUAUGAUGAGUGACUCUCUCCUGACGUACGCCUAUAUCAAAGGUAAUUAAUUGAAAUUAUUUACAUACAUACUGUCAGGCGUGCACACCUGAAACUUGUUUCAUACAUCUCCUCCCUUCAUUUCCUUCAAAGAGCACCCAGAGAUGACUGCACUGCUCUUCACCUCCAGCGUAUGUGUCGGUCUCCUCUUCACACUACUGGCCGUGUCGAUCCGUGUGACCUGCAGGGGGCGCCGGGUUAAGGAUCACAGACUCGCACCAAAGUCUGCUAACAAUACUGCAAACUGUCAAGGUGAGGAUGGUGAUGAGAAUGAUGAUGAUGAAGACACAGAGGAUGAUGAAGAGGGCACAGAGAGCUCAUUGAUCUCAGCGACUGACAGGAAGGCGAUACUCGACUGGGAGGAAGUGACGUAUGUGAGCGAGGCGGCCGAACGAGCAGAAAGGAUUGAGCGCAGAGAGAUGAUCAUGCAGGAGAUAUGGAUGAAUUCAUAUCUGAACGGCAGCUCGUGUUGACUAAAACUGUCACCCAUGGGUGCUUUUCAGGACCUUCAGGAUUAAUUCAGGACUUUGCAGAGGAGCCUUGGACCACCUUGAAACUUUUUGCUGUUGUAAAGCAGUUUGUAUUGCAAGAGCGCACAGUUUUUAAAGAAUGCUAAGGUAAUUUUUGUGUGAAACCGCAGUGCCAGCUAUUUGUCAACAGGGUUUACAGCUAUAAAAUGGGUUUCUAUUGAUCCUGCAAUUGUUUGAAAGUUGUAUGUUUUUACAUUGACCAACAAAUAAGCUCAGAUUUAAAGUUGAAAGAAUGUUUACUACCACAAAAUCAUAAAAUCACUGGACUUAAGGAACCUGCUCUGCUGCCAUAUACAUUGAAGUUAAGGUAAUUAUAUUGUAUUUCAUUAAAGUUUAGUUUUAUUUAUGUAUAUCACACAUUAAUGUCAAAAACCACUUGCAUUAAAAGGGCGAGAAUUAUCAGAAAGAGUGGAAGACGGGAGAUUUCUCUUCCAGGCUGGACAGAUAUGCAAUGAAUAGAUGAUUCAACGACAGGCAGAAACUAUGUGGAUAAAAUCAGGAUGACAAUUAUGAAAUGUACAUAAAUGAAGAAAGCUGAUCUUUAAGGAUCUAUGUCCAGUACAGAGAAACUCGGAUGAAAAGAAAGAUAAGGGAAAUAAAGGGUACAUGGACUCAAACGACAAAGAAUAAGCCACUGACUGGAAAUACAGAUGUAAAGAUGAUUUAUGAAGUUUGCACUAAAGGGCCUCAACACAGUUGGGUUGUUUGGUUAUGUGAUGUCAGCAAGAGUUCAUUUUAGAGACUAAGUGGACUAAGUUGAAGUUCAGAUUCCAGUGUUAGAGGGAAAAACAGGAGCGCCGACAUCACAAGGAAGCUUAUGAACGAGAAGUUGAUCCGACACGAUGAAUGAAAUCCACAUUAUGAAUUAAUGUUUUUGAAAACAUCCAUAUUGAGUCUAUAUAAAAGAUUUCCUGACUACAUAAACUGAUAAGGAUUCAUUUCUUCCUGAAUAGAAGUGAAGUCAAAACACCUUUACAAUGGGCUGGUGAUGUUAUGGGGAGCCAGAAUAUGACAAAGUAUUAGGGCAUCUAAUAAGAUUUUGAAGAUGACGUUAUGUUGCAAGAAUAAAGUGGUGAUAAAGUCAUAGUUGUGGUUUACAGUGAGCAUGAGGGACAUGAAGCAUCUUGUGAAAUUGUCAGCACCACGUUGUUACAAGUAUCAGGACUGUAAUGUACUUGAUAAAGAAUUGUUGUUUGAAUGAGCACAUCCUUGCAUACAGGAUGUUUUUGGUAACUAAGUGUUCCUUGAUCCCGGCCACCCCUCUCUGAAUCACUGAAUUGGCUCUUAAAGCCUGUGCUGUGCUCACAUUUCAACUAUCCAGUGAAGGUAACACUCUCACUCUGAACUUUACUGCUUCCCCAUCCCUGCUGGGACAAGAGCUGGAACAACCAUCUACUUUGUGGCAACUUCCUGCAGCUGAAGCUCUGACUUUUAAGAGGUGUGUGUGUGUGUGUGUCACUGAUUGGAGACAAAGAGAGGAAAGGUGUAGCAUCCUUGUCCCUGUACACUGAUGGAUAUUACACUAUGUUCCAGAUGAAUCACUACCUCUAUGACCCGGUUGAAUGUUCACCCAUCAUUGAUAUUAAAUGGAUGAACACGGCAUAAACACAGGCUACGUUGGGAACAAUAGAUUCAGAUCAAACUAACCUUCAACUUCUUUGCACAGCUUUAAAAAUAGAAAUGUAAAAAAAAAAAAGAUACAUUAAAGGGAUACAGGAGUCAAAUUAAAGUUGAAAUAAAUCAGCAGUUAUGCUCAAUCAUAUAAUCUGUUUUCUUCACAUUUCAGUUCAGGGAAAAGAACAGCGACUGUCUAGAAACAAGGCAUAUGAAUUCAUCUGUAAAUAUUAUUCUCUGGCAAACUUCAAAUAAAACCAGCAGUCAUCUGAUUUCACAAUUUUGGUAAGGCAUCUUUUUGCCCCAUGUGUUGCAUAUAACUCUCAUUUGUGGUGGUGUCUUCAUCUCGGUCCCCAUUUGAUGUUAGUGAGUCCUUGAAACUGUUUUUUAAGGGCCUGCCUGUCUGACCACUCUGAGUCCAUGUAGCUGUCAUCGUCUGCCUCCUC